UGCGUUAGCUCCACGUGAAUUUUCACUACUUAAGCUCCUCAGAUCGAUCCUCUUGAUUCAUUCCGCUACACAGGAAGCAAGGAAAACCCACUGUUCUCUCUACUGAAGCUACAAGGACAUCAUCAUCAUACAAUGUCAAAACCCUCGUCCCACGCUGAAGAUUUAUAUCUCUCAUCCUCCACGGAGGAAGAUUCGUCGGCACCGCCGCCGCCACCGCCGAAGGUUGACGUGAUCGACAAAAGAAAAAAUCCAAGCCGCCGACAUCGACGAGCUCGAGCAAGAGGUCAAAACGUUCGUCCCAUACCGAUUCGUAUCUCUCAUCCUCCACUGAGGAAGAUUUGCCAGCACCGCCACCGCUACCACCGAAGGCUGACGCGGUCGAAAAAAGAAAAAUCCAAGCCAUCGACAUCGUCAGCAAGCUCGAGCAAGAGGGUCAGAAUAGCUCCUGUGAAGCCGCGGCACGGCACUGCAGCGGAACUAUUCGGUGCCGAUAGCGAUGACGAGGGAUUAGAAGCGAACCAACCUGCAGGGGAGGUGGGAUCACGUAACCGUCCGUUAUCCAGAACUAUUUUAAUGAAAUGUGACAAAUGUCAAAUUAAAUUGCCUAAGAAUGAAUACAAUGCCCAUUUGAGAACUAAUUUACAUAAAUCGAAUUGCAUAUUGAAAACUGAUUUGAAUAAUAUUGAAAUUAUAGCAACAGCCUUUAAAAACAGAAUAGUCACCUAUCGUCUGAAUGCAACACAAAAUGAAUACGUAACUCCUGAGACGUUUUUGUGUGAUAUCAAAAGUAACAUUAUGAAAGUUGUAGAAAUGUCAUUACGGGAACAUAAAAGUAUCAAAAUAAACUAUGAGCUUUUCGUUUACUUUACAUUACCUCAUUCAGGCAAACAACAGUUAAAGUCAUUCAAUACAAAAUAUGAUGUUAUUUAUGAAAACACAAAUAUCAAUGAACUGUUUGAAAAUACGAUUGAACAUUUAAAAAAUAAAGUUAUAGAAUUUGAGCACCGUGAAUCAGGCUGGUCUUUUGUCGCAAUAAGUCAUUUAGAAGUUAACGUAAACAAGUAUUGUCCGAUGCGAGGAGGUACUUACAUACCUUUACCCCCAAGUGUCAAAAAUACUAAAAGCUGCAUUAAUAUUCAAAACAACGAUAAUUGUUGCUUUUUAUGGAGUAUACUGGCUGGUCUAUAUCCUGCAAAGAAUAAUGUGUGUCGAACUAAAUCAUACCCGCACUAUUCAGAUGUUUUAAAUAUCGAUGGAAUGUCAUUCCCAUUAUCAGUCAGCGAUAUACAGUUAUUUGAAAAAAAUAACCCUGAUAUAAGCAUUUGUAUAUAUGGAUUGGAUAAUAAGUAUGCAGUAACAGGUCCUCUAUAUAGAUCCAAAUCAAAGAAAAAUAAUCAUUUUAAUCUAUUAUAUAUUGAAGUCGUUGGUAAAGGACAUUACUGUUUAAUUAAAGACCUGAUACGAUUAGUUAGAAGACAAGUAACUUUACAUAGAGGCCACAUGCAUUUCUGUGACUCAUGUUUGCAAUUUUUUAAAAGCGAUAAUAAAUUUAAAACACACCAUUGUUCCGAAAUUGUAACAGUUUUACCUAAUGAAAAUACUGUCAUUCAAUUUAAGAACUUCGAACGUAAACAAAAAAUCAAUUUUAUUAUAUACGCUGAUUUUGAAAGUAUGUUAAUUAAUUGUAAUUCAGACAGUAGUAAAAAUACGCAAAACCUAAAAAAGCAUGUCCCGACAUGUUUCGGUUAUUACAUAUGCUGCUCGCACGAUGCAAGUUUGAAUAAAUAUGUUUCUUACAGAGGUGAAGAUUGUGUAAAAGUUUUUGUUGAAUGGUUAAUAAACGAUAUUCAUGAAAUUCACAACAUACUAAUUAAAAAUAAUCCUAUGAAUCCAUUAACAUAUAAAGAAAAGUGUAAUUAUGAGAAUGCUACACACUGUCAUAUUUGUAAGCAGUUUUUAUUUGGUGACAAAGUCCGUGAUCACGAUCACAUUACAUCAGAGUACAGAGGUGCAGCUCAUUCACUUUGCAAUUUGAAAUACAGAAUCUGUUCCUUUAUACCAGUUGUCUUACAUAAUUUGACGGGGUAUGAUAGUCAUUUAUUUAUAGAAGAACUUGCAAAGUACCCCGGGUCUAUCAAAAUAAUGCCACAGUCCAAGGAAAAAUAUUCAAGCAUAACAAAAACUAUAUAUUCUACUAACAAAUCGAGCGCCAAACCAAUUGAAAUAAAGUUUAUCGAUUCUUUUCAAUUUCUUAGUUCCAGUUUAUUUGAGUUAACCAAAAGUUUGAAUAAAGAGGAUUUUGUUAACUUGUCUAAAGAAUUUACUGAUACCCACCACUUUCAGUUAUUAACACGUAAAGGUGUUUAUCCCUAUGAUUACAUUGAUUCCUGGUUGAAAUAUGAAGACAAUAAACUACCGACAAAAGAAAUGUUUUAUAAUACUCUAAAAUCUAAACACAUCUCAGAUAUUGAUUAUAAUCAUGCCGAAACUGUGUGGUCAGCUUUUAAUAUAAUGACUUUAGGGGAAUAUACUGAUUUAUACUUAAAAUGUGACGUCUUGUUGUUAAGCGAUGUGUUUGAACAUUUUAGAAAUACAAGUUUGAAGCAUUAUAAUCUAGACCCAGCCUAUUAUGUAUCUGCACCUAAUUUAAGUUGGGAUGCUAUGCUUUUGUUUACAGACGUAAAAUUACAGUUAAUACACGACUUAGAAGUAUAUCAGAUGAUAGAAAGAGGGAUACGUGGUGGAUUAGCCCAGUGUUCUCUUCGGAAUUCAAAAGCAAACAAUAAAUACACCCCUGAUUUUGAUACUUCUAGACCCACCUCAUAUUUGAUGUAUCUGGAUUGUAACAAUCUCUAUGGUUAUGCUAUGAGACAAAAAUUACCUGUAUCAGACUUUGAGUUUUUAACUUUAGAUCGGGUUAGAAAUUUUGACAUACUGACUAUACCAGAAAACGGUGAACAUGGAUACAUUUUAGAAGUUGACAUGAGUUAUCCUGAUCAUUUACACGAUCUGCAUGCCGAUUUGCCUUUUGCACCUGAAAGGUUUGUUCCCCCAGGUGGGAAGUCAGAAAAGUUAAUUGCAAAUUUAUAUGACAAAUACAACUAUAUCAUUCAUUUCGUACAUUUGAAGGAAUGUUUAAAGAACGGGUUAGUGUUACAGAAAAUACAUCGCAUUCUACGUUUUAGACAGUCUAACUUCUUACAAAAAUAUAUUGAUCUAAAUACUCGAUUACGACAAGAAGCUUCUACUUCAUUUGAAAAGACUUUUUAA